AUGAUUGACGACUUCUCCAAGAGCAACGGUGAUCAUUUUGGUCAGAAUGGCCAUACUGCCACACCGAGCAGUUCUGGGGAGAACCCAACCAAGUUUACCCUGAAAGACACUCCUGUCGAGAAUCAACGACCUAUGAGGGUUGUAAUCAUUGGAGCUGGGUUUUCUGGUAUCUAUUCAACUAUUCGGCAAAGGCUGAGAAAUAUCGACCUUACCGUGUAUGAGAUGAAUGAGGAAACGUCAGGGGUUUGGUGGCUGAACCGCUACCCAGGCCUGGCGUGUGAUAUCCCAUCGUACUGCUACCAGUUCAGCUUCGCACCCAACCCCUAUUGGUCCUCACUUUAUGCUCCGGGCGCAGAAAUUCGUGCAUAUAUGCAGGAGAUCGCGGAGAGGUAUGGUGCGAAUCGGUUCAUCAAGACGUCUCAUCAAGUCACUUCGGCCACUUGGGACUCGGAGAGCAAGGUUUGGAGACUUAUUGUUAAGAACAACAAGACCGGGGAGUCAUUUGAAGAUACUGCAAACAUCCUUGUCUCCGCAAAAGGCGGUCUCAAUCAGGUUGCUUGGCCCCAGAUAAAGGGACUGAAGCAAUUCGGCGGUAAGCUCAUGCACUCCGGUGCUUGGGAUGAAAGUUACGAUCUGAAGAACAAACGUGUGGGGGUCAUUGGCAAUGGAUCAAGCGCCAUUCAAAUUGUGCCAGCCAUCCAGCCACUUGAGGGCAUCAAGGUGUCCUGUUUCGCUCGAUCCCCGACUUGGGUUAUUCCUUCCUUUGGCGAAACAGCCAUGAAGCGUUUGGGAAUGGAUCCUGCAGUUACUAAGUUCUCGCGACGUCACCAAGAAGCGUUGGCGAGGCAGCCAGAAGUGUACGCCAAAAUGAGAAAGACACUCGAGGAUGAAGCGGCAAAGGUUUACCCCCUGACACUGAUGGGCACCAAAGAACAAAGAGGUGCUCAAGAAUUCUUCAAAAAGCAAAUGAAGGAGCAACUACAAGCCAGACAAGACUUACUUCAAAUCAUCCCCAAGUUUGCCCCAGGGUGUCGCCGUUUGACCCCAGGCCCUGGAUAUCUCAAGGCUCUCCAACAGGAAAAUGUCACCUUUAUUAGCCAAAAGAUUGACGAAGUCACGGAACGAGGAAUCAAAUUGGCCUCCGGGGAAGAGGUUAAGCUUGAUGUUCUGAUCUGCGCCACAGGAUACGACGUCGAAGCACCACCUACGUUCGAAUUAACCGGCCGCAACGGGACGACGCUGGCCGAAAAGUGGAAGCCACACUUCGAGUCCUAUAUCUCACUGGCAGUAGACGAAUUCCCCAAUUUCUUCCUCAUUGCAGGUCCCAAUUGUGGUUUAGGCUCUGGCAGUUUGCUCAGCGUCUUCGAAGCGCAGGGCGACUACAUCGUCAAAGUGAUCCGCAAGCUUCAGAAAGAAGACUACGCAAGCAUUGAGGUCAAGCCCCAGCGUGUAGCUGACUUUAGCCAGUACAUAGACGAGUACUUCAAAGGCACUGUGUACACGGAUGAGUGCUCAUCGUGGUAUCGCGCUGGUAGGCUUGGGUCGCGCGUUGUAGCGCUGUGGCCUGGAUCUUCUGCGCAGUGCCUUGAAGUGUUGAGGGCGCCUCGAUGGGAGGAUUACGAAUUUGAGAGUGCGGAUCCUACGGGGAAUUUGCUGCGGUGGAUGGGGAAUGGUUGGAGUCAGGUGUUGACUGAGGGUGAUCCGUCGUGGUUUUUGGACCGUGAUGUUGUGGAUGCUCCGGAUGAGGGGAAGCCUGAAGACAGCGACUUCUAUAGAAGACGUCCAUUUUCACACUAG